AUGUUUUUUCUCAAAGAUCUAUCGUUGAAUCUUACACUUCACCCAUCAUAUUUUGGUCCUCAGAUGGACCAGUAUCUAAGGGAUAAGUUAUUAAGUGACGUGGAGGGAACAUGUACAGGUCAGUUUGGCUAUAUUGUGUGUGUGCUUGAUUCAAUGAAUAUAGAUGUGGGGAAAGGCCGAAUCAUACCCAGUUCAGGAAUGGCAGAGUUUGAAGUGAAGUACCGUGCCGUGGUGUGGAAACCUUUCAAAGGUGAAGUUGUGGAUGGGGUGGUAACAACAGUGAAUAAAAUGGGAUUUUUUGCCGAUGUUGGUCCAUUAUCAGUGUUUGUGAGCACGCAUCUAAUACCCUCGGAUAUGAAAUUCAACCCAUCGGCGAAUCCCCCUGCAUACUCAAGUCCAGAUGAAAAUAUUGAGAAAGGCUCAAAAGUAAGGUUGAAAAUUGUAGGAACGAGAACUGAUGUGAAUGAAAUAUAUGCAAUUGGAAGUAUCAAGGAAGAUUACCUCGGACCUAGUCCAAUGUAA